UUUUGACCAAUCAGCGUUAGGCGGUAAUUUUCAAAACACAAAUGGCGGCGGAGAGAACUGAAGCGAUUCUGGAAAGGACCGACCCUUCCUUCCUGAAAUCAUGCAACACCACCGAACUGCAGGAAACAGGAGAGGGAGAAAUUAUGGCUCCUUAUCUCAUGGACUGCAGGCGAAAACAGAAGCAUAUAUUCAGGCAGCUGUGUGUGGUGGUUGACAUGAUCCAACUGCUGGCAGGUCUAGAGUCAGUGGAUCAGCUACUCCAUAAACCAUGUCCUCAAAACCCAGGAAAUGAAGCUCGUUCUGCGUGGAAGGCUUUAAAAGCCGAAUAUCAGGCGAGGGUUCAGGAGGUGGAGGAGAUGAUCAGCACUCUCCGGGAUCGCAUGGAGGAGCUUCAUGAGAAACGGAAGACACUGGAGACUCUACUGUCUGCUCUGCAGAUAAAGAAAGAGCAGUGCAAAGAGAAGGAGAGAGUCACAGCUAAACAAAACCAGAGAGCUGAGAAACAAAUCAGCUUUCAGUUGGAAGAUUCAAUCCAGGCAGCCCAAAACGCGAUGGAUGCCUGUGAUUUGCGGUUUUCUAAGCUCAAGGAUGAGGUUGAAAAGCAGAUGGCUCAAAUUAGUGACUGGACAAUAUUAAGAGAUGGGCUGCAGACCUUGGUCAACGUGACUCACAGAAACAUGGCGUACAGGCUGCUGUCAGUCAGUUCCUCUGAGCUGUGCCUUGAGCUCUUGCCUCAUGCUGCUGAAAAAUCACUUGAACCCCUGCGUGUCUCCAUCACCAUGACAACCAGCGAUGAAUUUCAUCUUCAGGUGUUUCAGGGAACUGCUGGUCUUGUAGAGGAGGCAGUGAAGGGCCGUCUUAGGCAGGUGAGCGCCGCCCUUGUGGAGGUGCUGGAGCGCUACAUGAGUCAAGGAGAGAUGCUGUCUGAGAUUCAGGCUCUGCACUCCAGGUUUGCGAUUGAUUGGUGUCCUGCCGAAAAGCUUCUGAUCUUUCUCAAGACUGCGAGCACGGUAUGUCACCUGAGGGUUGAGGAGGGAUACCCAUCACACGGCCGAGCUACUCUCCUGUCUGUGAGGAAAGACGGCCUUCUGCUUGAUAUCACUGAUCUAGAGCCCCCAGUGCAACGUCCGGUUCUGACAGAGUGGCUUGAGUUUCUCUCCUCCAAUCCAAACAUCUGAAAUCACGAAGUUUACCCCAAGCCAGACCCUCCGGUUAGACUUCACACCCUGAGACUAUUAUAUGACACACAAUCUAUUUGUAUUGUACAGUUCAAGUUGUAGUGAUGAAUGUUUCUGUUGUGUCUGCAUUGUGAGUCAAAAGUUUCUUUGUCUAACCAACCCAGACUGUCAUUAUUAUUUUAAUUGUCAUUAUUAUGUGGAUAAAAUUGCUCUUUACUCGUGCCAAAGGAUCGGUCGAGUCAGCACUCCCGUUUGAGACUUGUAUGUUUUCAAGUAGCAAAGAGCUCUGCGUUGUCCACUCAGUAAUAGCAGGUCACAUGACAUCUCCAGUUUAAAUGUUUGUCUGUUAUAUCACAAAAAGGUAAAUAAAGUGAAAUGGUAUGCA